GUCUGGUUUAUAAAGAUACUGUUAACAAUCUCAAAUUAAGGUCAAUGUAUUUGUUGUUUUCUCUGCGCACCACUGAGCGACUGUUUAGGCGAGGACGGCUUUAGGACCAUGACGAAAGAUUGGUUUCAACGCGUCCAACUGCACACUGUCGCGGCAGAUCCAUUGAACUUGAACAUGGAGCGACUUGAUUGUCUGAAUUACAGAAAUAUCGUAGAAUAAAUGCCCAUAGCAUCUAUUUACUUAAGAGACUAAAUAAUUCGGGGACUCAAACUGAAGAAAAGGGAGGAGAGAUUCACGUCUCCGGAGGGAUGACGGUGGGAGGAGAAAGCUAGCAGAGAACAUUAACAAGCUAACAUGAUUCCUUGCCAAAUUAAUUGCCCUUUUAGAUGCGGUCAGAGUGUUUAUGAUACAGGGACAGUGAGUGAAGGAAGCAUUCGUGUUGUGAAUAACUGACAUUGUUUUGUGAUUGAGAAGCAUUACCUUAUCUUUCAUAGCAGAGAAAAGUGAACAGAUGUUGUGAAAAUGGGGACUGAUUUCCGUGAUGCACAUUUCCUGUUUCCUAGCAACAAGAGCAGGAAGUGUGUGGAAUGGGAUGGAAAAAGACAAUUGAGGCAUAGAACGGGGACAUUGAUAGCAAGUCGUCCCGAAAGAACAAUGGGUCGUGAUUCUCAAAAAGUAUAGCUUUGGGCUGACUAUAUGUCGAUUUCCCCCUACACUGUUUUCCCAGCUGGUGCCUGCAACCCUUCGUCUCAAGCGGUUUCCCCCGUGGAGUGAAUUUGAAUGACUGACCUCAUAUCUCGUGCUUAUCGCCCUCUCCUCCGCGGGGGCAUACAGAUAGUCUCUUUAGAAGUCCCGCGAAUAUGGAACUCUCGGAUCCUUCUCUAAUUCUCUGAAGAGUCAAAUCCCCCACCAACAAUACUUUCACGAAUGAAUCCGGCUGGCAGAGGAACCAGCACACCAGAACCACAGCGUCUGUGAUGGCUGUGCAAGAACCGGGACGGACCAAAGGGUUUGUAUGCAAGCACUGUGGCGUGGUGUGUGCCAACAUGCCCAGCCUACUGGAACACAUGGAGAGCCACCAGGAGUUGGCGGCGACGGACGAGGACCGCAAGUUCAAGUGCGACGAGUGCGGCCGCGGGUACCGGCACGCCGGCAGCCUGGCCAAUCACAAGAAGGCGCACGAGGUGGGCUCGUUUCAGUGCCACAUCUGCGAGAGGCAGCUGUCCAACAGCCUGGCGCUGAAGAUGCACCUGCGCAUCCACACGUCGCGCAAGAAGUACGCCUGCACAGAGUGCGGGAAAGCCUUUAGGCUGGCGACACAGCUGGCGACGCACCAGAGGGUCCAUCGCAACGGAGGGGCCAGAGGGUCGGGUGGCAGUCGACGUGGCAGUGCCGGCGCCGCAGAAAACGCCCGAGGACGGCGGAGUUUUGACGUUGCUCCCGAUCUAGAGGCCGACAUGAGCCUGGACUUGGAGGGCGAGGAGGACGGGGAGGAAGAGGACGACUUUGGCAGCGGCGGUGGUGCCGCCGUGCCCGCCUUGGCGUCCGGCGACAAAGCCGGCUCCUCCGACGACGCCGGCGACCGACCAUUCAAGUGCAACAUGUGCGACAAGAGCUACCGGCACUACGGCAGCCUGUACCGCCACAAGGAGAGCCACCAGAUGGGCGCCUUCGAGUGCCCCAUCUGCUUCAAGCAGCUCAACAACCAGGCGGCCAUGACCGCUCACCAGCGCACCCACUCAAAGACCAUGGGCGGUGUUCCCGGGUCCGCCUCGGGCUCCGCCGGCGGCGCCACCCACGCCGACAGGAAACCGUACAUGGGCUCGCAGCAGAACGGCGGCAGUGGCGACGGGUCGCCAUCCGAGGCCAACUUCUGCCACCUGUGCCAAGUCUCGUUCCCCAAUGAGGAUGAGUUCCAGGACCACGUCCUGCUCCACAACUCGUCCUCGGUGUCCUUCGAGCUGCCCGUCAACAUGCCCGACGAGGACCCGGGCCUGAUCUACAGUGCCAGCCAGUCGCCCGACUACCCGCCCUCCAGCGAUACGCCGCCCAUGCCGCCGCUGCUGGACAAGCAGCAGGAGGACUACGAGCAGCCCGUGGGCUCGGCGGAGAACGGCCAGAUCUACAUCCCCGACGACCCCUUCCAGGACCAGGACCAGGAGCUUCGGCCGUCUCGACACCCGCCCGCGUUGAACUCCCAGCGGGCCACCAGGUCAACAACCUCGGGCGGAGAGGACCUCCAGGACGGAGACGACUCGUUCGACCACGAGGUCAAGGAAGAGGACGAGUCGGAGUCUCCAGACGCGGGCGACCGCAAGUUCAAGUGCGACGUGUGCCACAAGAGCUACCGGCACGCCGGCAGCCUCAUCAACCACAAGCGCUCGCACCAGACGGGCGUCUACCAGUGCUCCAUCUGCCGCAAGAACUACCCGCACCUGGCCGCGCUGCGCAGCCACCACCGCCUGCAUCGCGCCCAGACCUCCGCCCACGGCGCAGAGGGGGACUGGCUGUCCUCCGAGCCCCAGACCCUGGAGAACCAGCACGGAGGCUACCCACCGUCGGAUCCGGAAAUGGAGGAGGACCUGGAGAUGGGUGAGGAAGGCGAAGAGCUUGGGGAGAGCUUGCUGGAACCACCAGACGUUCAGGUCCAGCAGCAGGCGCGCGGGGCUCCCGCCAUGCAUCACGAGCAAGGCAUGGACCAGCAACAACACCACCAACGUCACAACCGAGGAGGCCAGCAGCAUUCACACAUCCAGCACGCCAGCGGAGACGAGGGGGGCGACGCUAUGGGGUACCAAGACCAGUACGACGUGCCGUACCCCCAGGAUGGCACCCCCACGGGGCACCUACCUCACGACGACGGCGGACCACCCCCUGCCCACCUCAUGGAGAGGCACAUGUGUGCAGACUGUGGCAAGACGUUUGGUGACAUCGCCAGCAUCAAGUCUCACCCGUGCCCCAUGCGCCAGGCCCAUCACCACCCGCCUCACCCCCACCACCACCACAACCAGCAGCAGGACCACCACAGCCAACACCCCCACCCCCACCACCACAACUCCAUCACCAACGGCUCGCACAGUGGCCACAUGGACUACCACCACCACAGCCCGCACCUGAUCGGAGAGACCGGCACACCCGUCGGCUACGACUCGUCCCAGGGUUACUACGGCACCCCGGACCACCACAACCCCCACCACCCUCAGCAGGGUGGCUACCACCAAAACAUGCACGCAGCAGGAGGAGGAGGAGGAGGUAUGAUGGGCACCAGUGACCCAGCCAGAGGUUACGGUAGUGGUGGUGGUGGUGGAAGAGGGAUGCAGGACCACAACCCACACCCACGCCACAACGAUGAAGACAACUACGACGGAGGCGGCGAGGAGGAGGACGAGGAGGACGGCGAGAUGUACCACUGCUCGGUGUGCGGCAACCACUACGCCAGCAUGGGGGCCCUCAGGAGCCACCUGCGGGGCCACACCCAGGUCCACGGCACCCCCUCCAGCUCCGGGCCCUCCUCCAUGUCCUCCCUGGAGGCGGAGAAGGACGAGGAGCCGGGGGGCGAGAGCCACCAGGGAGACGGCAGCCUGAUCAUCUGCAGCACGUGCGGAGAGAGCUUCACGCGCAAACAAGACCUCAUGGCUCAUCAGCUGAUGCACAACAACCAGAACCAGGCUCCGAGCAUCAACCCCGUGGACCACCACCAUCACCAUCACCACCCCCACCAUCAGCAGCAGCAGUACCCACACCACCAGUCUCCCAUGCAGCACCUGGGACCCCCAGCCCCACCUCCUCCUCCGCUCACACACUACGGCUCUAGCCCAAACGGCUCCAUGAGGAGCUCCAAAGCCGAACCGGCACGGGCGUCGAACAGCAGCAGCACUGCCGGUGGUGGUGGCGGCGGCAGCCUCAUCUGCAACAAGUGUGGCAUCUCCUGCGUGAGCUUCCAGCACCUGGAGAACCACCCGUGCCCCGGACGAAGACUCAGCAAUGAGGUGAAGAGCGAGGUCAUCAAGCCUGACGUCGAGGCCCCGAUGCUGGGGAGGAACGACGCGCGGCGCCCCAAGGGGAACCAGGAUGGUGGUGGUGUUGGAGGUUCUGGUGCCGGUGUCGGUGGAGAUAGGGUGUUUAAGUGUGACCAGUGCGGACGGGCCUACAGGCACGCCGGGUCACUGCUCAACCACAAGAAGUCACACAAGACCGGCGUGUUCCGCUGCUACGUCUGCCAGAAGCGCUUCUACAACCUGCUGGCUCUGAAGAGCCACGAGAGGACACACUUUGACAUCAAGAAACAUACGUGUAACGAGUGUGGCAAGGCCUUCAAGAUCCAGAAGCAGCUGCAGAACCACCUGCGGGUGCACGAGGAGAACAAGGCCAAGAUCCAGGAGCUCAACAAGCAAAUCCAGACUCUCAUGCAGAUGAACGGGGAGCUGGCCCAGAACGGCAUCCGCAAGGCCCAGAGGCGCCGACGACGACAGCCCUCGGUCACCGGUAACGGUUCAGCGGGCCCCAGCCCAGAGAAAGGCAGUGACGGUGGAGGAUCAUCCACAGUCCAGUCCCCGGGGGCAGCGGCAGGCACCCCGCACGACCCCAACGACCCGCGGCCCUACGUCUGCAACCAGUGCGGCCGCAGCUACCGCCACGCCGGCAGCCUGGUCAACCACAAGAACUCGCACAAGACGGGCGAGUACCACUGCUCCAUCUGCAACAACACCUACUCCAACCAGCUGGCCAUGAAGAACCACCUGCGCAUCCACUUUGGCCUCAAGAAGCACGCCUGCCAGGAGUGUGGCAAGGCCUUCCGCGGCAAGAAGCAGCUCCUCAGCCACCGAUGUGCCGCCAACCGCAAGAACGCAGACGGAAACGGACCGCCGCGCUCCCGCAGUGGCCGCCGAAAACCUCGCCUGCCCACCUGCCGAAAAUGCCGCCAGUCCUUCCCCACGCCCGCCGAGCUCGAGGCCCACGAGUGCAAGGGACCCCCGCCGGGCGCCGCUGCCGGCGACGGCACGCCCAGAGAAGAACGCCCGUACAAGUGCGGCAUCUGCGGGCGAAGCUACCGGCACGCGGGCUCGCUCCUCAACCACAAGAACACGCACAAUACGGGCCACUUCAGCUGCACCUUCUGCAGCAAACCCUUCUCCAACCCCAUGGCGCUGCGUAGCCACACGCGCAUCCACACGCAGAAGAAGAAGCACGUGUGCCCCACCUGCGGCAAGGCCUUCCGGCUCUCCAGCAUCCUGCACAACCACCUGAAGAUCCACACCCGCGGCAACUGCACCUUCAGCUGCCCCACCUGCAACAAGACCUUCCAGGGCCGCUCGGGCCUGAAGAGGCACCGCUGCCUGGGGGCCGCUGGUGGUGCUGGUGCUGGUGGAGGGAGUAGGAGUGGGAGUCGGAGUGGUGGGAGAUCGAGACGCAGUUCCGCCAACGGCCAGGAGGGCGGCGACAGGUGCUACACAUGUGACCAGUGCGGGCGCUCCUACCGCCACGCGGGCUCCCUGCUGAACCACAAGAAGACCCACUCGGCGGACCUGCUCAACUGCGGCCUGUGCCUGCGCACCUUCGCCGACGCGGCCGAGCUGGAGCGCCACUCGCAGAUGCCGCGCCACUGCUGCCCCGACUGCGGCAAGACCUUCUGCGAGUUCGCCCACAUGCAGAGCCACAUGGAGGUGCACAGCAAGGGCCGCCCCCUGCAGGGCGCCAUCACCAGCCCCACGGGGAGCGUGGGCAGCGGGGCGUCCGGCUCGGGAUACCCCCACCAUCACCCCCACCCCCACCCGCUCCAUCACCCGCAUCAGCAGCAGCAGCACCAUCCCCAUCCCCACCACCACCACCUCGGUCACCCGCACCACCCGCAGCAGAUGCACCACCCGCACCCCCACCACCCCCACAUCCAGACUCCGUACCCGGGCUACCCGCCCAGGCACCACCCGGACGGCAUGCCCAUGGCGGAGGACGAGAUGGACUGGCACUCGGGCGGCAUGGACCCGCGUGGCAUGGGCGGCCCCGGCAGCGGUGGCAGCUUGCCCAAGAUCGGCCAGGCGUUUGGAGCAGGUGGAGGAGGUGGCACCAUGGCCGGCGGAGGUGGAGGUGACGGGGGCAGCGGUAGCGGCGCUUACCCGAGCGACAUGCAGGAUCACGGGGAGGAAGACGACGACGGCGGCGCGCCCGGAGGAGGGGCCGGCGACCCGGAGGAGAAGAGCCACGUGUGCGAGCACUGCGGCCGCGCCUACCGGCACGCCGGCUCGCUGCUCAACCACAAGAACUCGCACAAGACGGGCAGCUUCUUCUGCGCCGUCUGCCAGAAGGAGUUCACCAACCUCAUGGCGCUCAAGAACCACCGGCGCAUCCACACGGAGCCCAAGCGCUACCAGUGCCUGGAGUGCGGCAAGGCCUUCCGCGUCUCCACGCAGCUCAUCUGCCACCGCCGCAUCCACACCAAGGAGAAGCCCUUCUCCUGCCUGCUGUGCGACAAGCGCUUCUCCAGCAAGUCCAACCUGCGCCACCACCAGAAGAUGCACCAGAACUCGCAGGCCUCGUACGAGGCCGCCUUCGACAUGGACCCGGGCUCGUUCAUGGGGCUCGGCGUCGACCCGUUUCUCUAAAAACGGAUCCGCUCCCUUCGUGCGAGCUGAGAUGAGCUGAGGUCACCACCCCUACCCCCCAACUCUGUGACUAUCUAUCUCUUUUUUUUGCAGAUUCAGGACUGGAAGGUUGAGGUGAGGUGAGGUGAGGUUAGGUCAGGACCCCUUUUUCUUGAAAGCAUCCUUUCUAAUCAGUUAGCUAAUUGGUGGGUUGCCAAUGGGGAAAUUGCAUUGCAACAGAAUAAGUUGCUAACUUGGUUGUCAAGACACCUGUCAAGAAACACACCCCAGGUUGGUGGGGUGGUUGGGGUCAGUUUUAUCUUUUUUUUUUUUUCAACUACGUCAAACUAAUUCCAUUUUCAAGCAAAGCAGGAAAGAAUAGAAAACGAGUGGGGUGUAAGUUUGUGUCUGUGCCACCGGAUGCUACUUGACCUGCUUCAAAUGCAUUGAUUUGAAGGUGUCUGAGGUCAAGUGAAAAAAAAGGGGUAGUCAUCAUUGGUAGUCCUCCAUGGGCGUUAGGGUGGACCCCUUUUUUUCCCUCUGAGCCCUAAUGGAGCUGACGUGCCCAGACCAACCAACUAACUAACCAACCUCCUCUUAUUCUGUACUGUCUCUCUCAGUGUUUUCAGCCCGACAGGCCAGGGGAAUUUAUUGGGGAUUGGGGGUGUGUGUGGAGUGUGUGUGUUUUGGGGGGGGGCUCAACUCUACUGGCUGUAUACACACGCACGCCCUGUGCUCCAAGGGAAGAUGGGCAAAUUAUAGCUAUUAUAUAUAUUUAAAGAGGAAAAAUACCCCCCCCCCCCUCCCCCCCCACACACAACCAUUCACCACCACCAAUCAAGCCUCACAUUUACCCCCCCGCCACUUACACUUCACCUCACAUUUCACCACCACCACUAUCAUCAUCAUCAUCAUCUUCAGCUAUACUGUUAUAUAAAACGGCUGAUGCCGAUAAAUUGUAAAAUCAGGUUAGUCUGCUGGUCCUAUCUAAGGCGGUGGUGCUCAGGUGCCCCAUCCCCCACUAUAUCACCCCCAUCCCCCUCUCUCUCUCUUUCUCUCUCUCUCUCUUGUUCUCUUUCCUUCCGCUGCCUGCCCGCCUGUCUGCCUGCCUGCCUGCCUGCCUGUCUGCCUCCCCCUCCUCCACCUCUCUGGAUUGGCAGAUUCCUCUCUCUGGCAUGCCGGUCGGCAGCGCAGCAGGCUUUUCAUUAGGUGCAGUCAGGCAUACACCCCAUUUAGACUACCUCUGGUAGGGACAUUGACACUGUAAAGAGAAGAAAAACUAUAUAUAUAUAUAUAAAUAUAGCUCCAGAAAUCACAUUGAUGGUGCCUGACUGACUCACAAACUGUUUUAUGGAUGUUGUUUAUUUUUAUUCUUUAUUUUUUUUGACGUUCUGUUUUUCCGUUAAUGUUUUUUAAGUUUUUCUUUUAAAUAAGUGCACAAAUCCUAAAUAUUUUAAUGGUACUAUUUUAACCUCUCCUACUGUUUGUCCGAAGACGGUCUGGGCGAAUGGUCCAGCUGUGACCUUACUGUUAUCCUCAAACCCCAACCCCCCCCCCCUUACCCUGACCACCCAUGUUGCCUCCAGACGUAGAGUCCGACCAAUCGAAUCGAUCGACUUAAUCGAUUUGGGAUCAAUGGGUCGAUCGAUUGCUUGUGAAACCGAACGACCUCGAUGUAAGGAAGCGAGCAACUGAUGGCUUAAUUCUAGCCAGUUGACCUGGCUGGCGACAGACGAGCUCAAAUUAAAUAGAUGAGAAUAAAUGGAGGUUUCAAAUAUAGAAAGUAAAAGGCGUAAGACAGCGGUGCUUUUUCUUUUUCUUCUCGGGGAGCAUGUGACGGCACCAGAACUGACUGAUGGGGGUCGCCUGGUUAAUCCCAGUGGAAUGUGCGAGUGCUCCUUUUUCUUGUCUCAUUUUACUGUCACGCUUCCUCCAAGGCCUUGAGCUUAGCGCUCUGCUCAACGACGAGCGAUAGUCCCCGCGGGGAGACAAGGAGGCGAGGAGAUAAAAGGUACCCCCCCCCCUCCUGCUCUACCGUUAACGCUUCAAAAUGCGCCAGUGUCCGCUUGUAUUGGGGGUGGAAAUUCAAACUUGUCGUGCCCAGUGCUUCCUUAUUAAAUUAGCUUCAGGUUCGUGUUAGUGUACUGUUCCACAUAAAGACUUGUCAAUUUGUGUCUUAUUAAUUUAGUCUCUUUUAUUUUUCCUUUUUAAAAGAAUAUAUAUUAUAUAUAUGUAAACAUAUAUAGAUAUAUGAAUACCAACCUCUCUCUCUUCCCCUUUCCUGUGUUAACCCUCUGGGUGUUUUUUAGACUGAUUGAUUGACUGAUGGGCGUCUCGUACUGGCUUCACUGUGGGCAGUGCUCCUCAAAUACACUGCGGCUGUUUGACAGCAAGGAACGGUUCACGUUUGUGUCCUCCUUCCUCUCCCUCCUCCUUUCUCUCCCUCCCUCCAUCCCUCUCUGAACCUUAUCUACGAGAUAUCAAGUGUAUUUAUUUAUUUAAGAAGAAAAAAAGACUAUUUAUACCCCACACCUUUUAAUGUUUUUUUUUGUAAGACUAUAUCAGGAGUCUCGACUCUGAGCGUUUUUAAAAACUCUGGUAUUCCAUGUGCAUGUUUCUGAUGUGCUCUUAAAAGUCCACUUCGGAUUGAUUGUAAAUGACGAAAAAAAAAAUCAUGACGCCUUGGUAGUCUAGAGAAAUACAAAAGAAAAAGAAAAAAAAAACAACAGAAUCCGCUAUUAUGAGUCCCAACUUAAAUUCACAUCUUUCAGAACAUUUCAGAUUGGUGUCUUUUUGCAAUAAUAUUAGUAUCAUGAUAAUAAUUGACAAUAAUGGUAUUGUUAAGUAUUUUUCCCGCAGUGCGUAUUUUAAGAAGACUCUGUUGUACUAUAUCACUGUUCUUCUUUUUUAUUAUUAUUUUUUUUAAUCUUGUGCAAGUGUUUUUAUUUUUCUCCUUUUUUUUCGUUUUCUUCACGAAACUUAUUACUGUCACGCACAAGAUGGAAAAAAAACGUAUGUAUGUAUCUUCAAAGUGUUUGUGGCGACCUCACAGUUGUCUGUGGUGGUGGUGGUGUUUGUGAUUUUAGGCAUCCAUGGUCUGUUCUGUUCAGCUCUCACUUUUAGCAGUACACCAAGGUGGAGGUGAUGUGAUGAUGUGAGGCUCGGGGGGGACCUUGUUAUUUCAAAAAUAACUGCUCAGGUUUCACACCUUUAUAGGAUGAAAAAAAACACCACAUACACUACAACAUGAAAUAAACUGUAAAACAUUGUAUUUGGUUAUAUAAAUAUUAUAUAAAAACCGCGACUUCUGUUUGGCUCUCUCACCCGAGACGCACAAAAGGCAUCAAGUGAUAGACGACAGAUUUUCUUGGAAAGGUGGCGAAGCCAGGCUGCAUUUCUUACACGUGCCAUUUCCUACCAUUGUACUCAGACUUAAGAGAGGAGGGAAAAAAAGACGAUGUUGCUAUUAAUAGUUUCCAUUCUAUGCCUAUAUUCACAUGCUUAUUGAUUUUUAUUUAAGAAUAGGAGUCCAGCCCUUUUGUGUAAUCAAUGGCUUUCAAGUGCAUUUCAAACUCCAAUAUAACGAACUGACUUCUGAAAUGUUAAUUGAGACCUCUCUCUGUCUUUUUCUCUCUCUCUCGCUCUCUCUAUUUCUGCAAUCAGUUGCAUAUAUCUUAAAGAAAAUAUACAAAUAUUUAUUUUUGUUCUUUUGUUGAUCAAUGUUUUCUCUUUCUUGAGUAGAGGACUUGCAAAUAAUGUUUAUUUGUAGACGGUCAUGCCCUCACUUUCUUGAAAUAAAAUAAACACGGUGUUAAGACCA